CAACGUCGUCGUUAAUAAUGACAGAUUAUGAUUAUGAUAUAAAGAAGGAUCUUUAUAAUAUUCUUGGAUGUUUACCUAACUCGUCGUCGGAAGAAAUUAAACAAGCAUAUCAUCGCAAGAUAUUAGAGUCUCACCCAGAUAAGAAUGAAAAUUCCCACCAGAAUAUUAAAAUAUUUCAUGAUGUUAAAGCAGCUUGGGAAAUAUUAGGAAAUACAGAUCGUAGAAGGAAGUACGACGCCAAAUUUAAGCAAAUUCAAUUAGAAGCGGAGGGUGAACUUAUUUAUGCUAAUUUACUUCCUAACGAUUUAGAAGAAACUGAAGAUAUCGACACACUUUCUUACCAGUGCCGAUGUGGAAAUAGUUACAUAGUUCAAAAAACUGAUUUAGAACAAACUAAUUGCGUUUUACACAUUCCUUGUCAAGAAUGUACAUUCGUAAUAGCGGUAGAAACAUGAUGGCGAAUUAUGGAGACGGUAAUUAAUUAAUUACAUUAUGUAUUU